AUGAUCUUUGGAAACAAAGAUCUUCUUAUCAAAAUAUGUCUUGGAAAUUAUAAAUUGAAGUGUGAAGAUAUCGACAUUAUGUUGCUGUUGCUUGGUUUAGCUGGAGGCGUGGGUUUGAAAUGCCGAAGGAUUUCAAAAGUAGAAGUGAAUGCUGGUCGUACGGAUGAAGUGUGCUUGGGUGGUGGAGAAUUAAAGAAGUUGAGGUGGUUUGUGUUUGUUAGCCGGGUGGUUUGUGCUUGCUUGUUUAGAGUAAUACGAUGGUGGUGUGUGCUUGGAGUGGUUGCUUGGUUGGUGCUGAGGAAUAGUGUGCUUGGAUUGGAUGUGAUUGAUGGCCUGAAUCGGUCUGGGUUUUCGUUCGUGAAAGAACAGGUGGAUUUAUGCUUGUACCAGGAUGUUAAGAGGUUGCCGGGUAAAUGUCCGGAUGUGGGCUUGAAUACUACUAUUUUGUGUGUGCCGAAAUCUAGUGGUUUAACAAAUACUCCGGAAUAUGUAAUUGUUGAUAAUAAUCAUACUCGGUUUAUACUGCCUUAUUAUGAAAAUGUUGCCGCGGCUGAAUUGGCUUUGAGAGAGAUAAGACGUGUUGCUUUUAUUAGGACGGUGUGUGCUGUUGUUCAGUGCCUGACAGAGAAUUGGCAAUGCCAUCGGGAAAACUUAGUUAUUCUAUCUCGAGUUGUUAAUAUGUUUUGUUGCGCUACUAUGAAGAUAUACUUUAAUCCUAUGUCGGAACAUCAACAAGGUACUUUACAAGUUGAUUCAAGAGCCUGUCGGGCAGAAGCAUUGAACACUGCUAAUUAUGCUGUUUAUCAUGUUAAUGGUGUGCUUGAGGUUGAUGGUGUUUUAAAUAACGUUAAGGCGUUGAUAAAGAGCGGCCUUGUCUGGUAUUGUUCUUUUAUGACAGUUCGGUUGAUAAAGAUGGGAUUCCUUCAUUCUAAUCUUCUUCUUUGGUUGUCUCUAACGAACGGUUAUACUGUCAUUUUUGAAGAGACACCGGCAAACACGACCAUUAACUUUGCAUUUCUUCAAUCGUCUCGGACUAGUUGCCAGAGCAUUAUUAUUGAGACAAAGACUAUAUCGGAUGUGAAACUAGCUAAUCUUGAUACUAAGGGCACCACACAUCGUAAAUUGACCUUACAGGCUAAUUGGAAGCUUUUUCAAUACUUAGGUCGCAAGAAUGACUCGAUCAUUCGGGUUCCUUAUAUUGCCAGUAUUAAGUUUAACCUCAGAGCUAUGCACACAACACAAACCAAGUACUAUAAAGAGAAUUGUCCCCCGCAACGGUGGAUACACGCUACUUGCGUUAAAGCUCUUAUCGCUACUAAUUCGGCAUGUACCCGUCCAUCUAAACACACUGAGUAUUGCAAAGAUGCCUUGCGUCAUAAUGGCAUAGUUGCUCUUAAUGUCAUUCCCGAAUAUGAACCGAACAGAACGGACUUACAAGAAUCCAUGCAACUACUUGUUAAAAUCGGUGCCUUAUCCGCUAUGCCAACCGCCGUUGCUAAUGGUACGCUCAAAUGCGAUGGCUAUAAACUCCUCUAUAAACGAGCACCAAGAAGUGACCAGUCCGACAAUACUAAACCUUAUAUAACUUGGCCUCCCAAAGAACCAGUUCUUAUUCGCUUGGAUAAGCCCGGACUAACCGAAACUAUCCGUACGUACAGCCACGACAACCAUUACUUGUGCCGCCACAUAACUUACCAAUCUAUCACUAUCAGUGGGUCUAAAAGUAAGCCCAACCAAGAAAAAGAGCUAUGCAUUGCCUUUCUAGAUUUAUUCCAUGACAUCACAGCUACAAAGCUUAUAAUCCAAAAUGUCUGUGCUAGCGACCAAACCACCACCCAUUUCACUAUGGCCGUCUUAGAAACAAAACUCGUCAAAGAGACCAAAAAUAGCCAAUACCACUUUCAUGUUCAGACUCUAGUGCUAGAUAGUGUUGAUGAGGACAUUAUCUAUUGGAUAUUUAGUCGCUAUCUGUUUGUCAUUGAUACACACGUCGAAAUUUUAAACCAGCACUUCCCCAAUCUUGGUAUUGUCCAAAUCCUACCCCUAACACAUCUUAAACCCAUGGCCUCUCUUCUUCUCAAUGACUUCCAUGGCCUAAACGAAGUCUACCAGACCCAAGAUCUCACCACUCUCCAAAAGAUAGGAAAAAGCCUCGAAGAGUACUGGCACAUACCAGCACCCGACGACUUCGAUCUCCACCGCUACAUAAGAGUGAAUACCGCCCCAAAUAGAACCACCAACAAUCUCGGCCUAAACAAACUAAUUCUCCAACCAAAAGCGGACAACUAUUCCGACUACAUCAAUUCCUUCUUAGAUUUAGACAGUCUUGGCAUUCGUUUCUCCGGCAUGCCACUUACUGUCUACCUCACCAACAUUCCAUCCAACUCCAACUCCAUUCGCUUCGAGCCUCAAACCCACUUUACUCUAUUUAGUGUAACUCUAGACCUCAUAAUCUCCGAUUAUAAACCCCCCUCCAUCUCUACCCCAUUCCUAACGAAUCCAAAUCCAAAUUCUCAAUCUAACACAAGACUUCCACCACCUUCCAAACACUCCGUUAAGCAACUAACUCUACACUUCCAUGACAACCAUUCAAUCGCCGAAACAGACAUACCAACUAUUCUUCGCUGGGUAGCCACUCGAUUCAAGAACGUAACAACUUUACAACUAACCAAUACCUCUAUAUCCACCGCUGAUCUAGAAGUACUAAGAGCUCGCAACUACUGGAUCAAUGACUUAAACACACUUACUGAAAUCCAAAUCCAAGCCCCAAAUCCAAACUCACCUCCUUUCAAACUACCAAUCCAUCCAUGCUACUACUAUAUUUCCAAACCCAGAUUCUACUACCAAUUCAGACUUACUGCUGUCCCCUAUACUUUCCUCACUCGACUCCUAACUCAUCCAGUUCAACCCACCCAACUCAAGAAUGUUCUCUUCUCCACCAAUCCUAUGCCCAUCUCAACUCUCCAAAUGAUCUUCAAUGCUAUCAUCACAGCCCAAAAAGAGAUCAAACUCAAUCCCAAGUACUCACCAUUCCACUGUCCAAUUUGUUUCCGCACUCUUUAUUUACCCUCCACAUCCUCCACCACUACACCCACCCAAUUCAACCCCAAGAACCACAUUCAAAUCCUUUGCUUCUUCCAAUGCGCCCACUUCCUUUGCCAUCAUUGUGCCAUCAGUCACCAAAACCAACCCCAACCAUCUAGAUGUCAUGUAUGCCUACAACCCGUGGUCUACGAAAACCCAUGCUAUCUCACUAGUAUUUCCCAAAACAACAUCAUUCUCACCGCAACUACCCCCAUUACUCUAGAAUGUAUCCAACACCAAACACAAGGCGAUAGCCAUCUUUAUUUCUUCUGUCCUUACCCCAAUCUCACCAAUCUCCCAACCACCCCUCAACCCACCAUCUAUGCCCUCUAA